UCCGACGUCGGUCGAUCGGGAACGCGACUCCCGGGUUGGGAAAGUUUUUGCCUGAAAUCGGUUGGUUCCGCGAGAAAAUUCAAAAUGGUGGGAAAGGGUUUGUUGUUGCUGAUGGUUGUUGGCCUCGCGCGUGCUCGCGACUCCUCGAAGAACGUUUCUGCGACGAUCGGCGACUCCUCGAUCGGGAACGCGACGGAGAAGUUGCUGGUGGUGAAACCGACCAAGGUCGUCGAGUGGAAGAGCGGUCGUCAGCGGUGGUCCAAAGACAGCUACCUGGAUGCGUGGAGACACUCCAGGACCAGCACUGACCCACGCGAGGGUGUCGUCGCGACGGACGCGACCGGUUCAGGGUCCCCUCAGCGUAGGAGGGAAUACACACUGGGUCCCAUUUACGUGUCAAAAGAGCCCGAAAGCACCGCGACUGCUCCACGGAUCGUUCACGGUUCGAUCGAUCGAGACUCGUUCUCGAUGGCCCCGAGCGACUCGUAUUCCCUCCCAACGCGGACAGCUGGCGACUUUGGCGGGCCCCAAAACUCAUAUGGGCCACCACAACCACCCCAAAGCUCCUACGGGCCACCGCAAAUGCCCCAAAGCACCUACGGGCCACCGCAACCACCCCAAAGCUCCUACGGGCCACCGCAACCGCCUCGAAUUUCGUACGGUCCACCUUCCAACGGUUAUUACGGAGACCCUUCCGGCGGUUCAUACUUGCCGCCACAGCAAGGUGAGGGACGAGCGUACGGGCCACCGUCGAACGUUUACGGAGCCAGCGUCCCCUACGGCAAUGGCGUACCCCACGGAAUGGCGGAAUCGUCGCAUCUGGGGCUCCCUUCGAUCGACUUCUCCUGGCCGUUCGCGCUCAAGUUGAACGCCUUCACCUUGGCCAAGAUUCUCCUCAAGCUGGUCAUCUUCAAGAUGAUCGUCAAGUUCAUCGCGGUGAUCUGUCUGCUGCUGUUCAUCCCGAAGCUCGAGAUCAAGAAGGACAAGGGGGACAUGGAGGACGAGGGACGCCAUUUUUCCAAGGCGGAUUCCAGGUUCGAGAACGAGCUGAACGUCUUGACGUCGUUCGUCAGCAACGCGGUGGACAAAUAUCAGAAGCUGAACGAGACUAGAUCGCGCUCGAAGUCGGAGUUUGCGACGCUGGGGCGUCGACUGCACGGUGCAUUCAGUUACCGUGAAACCUGGCGAUAUUACGAGCAGCUGCUGAAGAGCUACGUCUCGGAGGAAACUCGUCCGCUAUCGUCGAACUCCUAGCGUCGCGACGUAACGUCCACAUCCCCCUCGCGUAUUUAUUAUUUAUUCGCGACGCGCUCGUCCGUCCGUUUCGCGGGAAACGAAUAAAUGGAAAUUACAGGUCGCGUCGUAGAAUCCUCCUUCUUGCCUUCCACUUCGUUCCA